CGUACUGCACAACGUUAGUGGUUUACGAAGGCGUAUCAAAACAUAACUAGGAAGGACAUUUCAGUUAAAAUGGUGACGAACAGAUCAUAUUUGCUGGCAUUUGCUGUCAGUAUUACACUGUUUGCUAUUGUAUUUUCGGCCACCACAACUGGGUCUUCAUCGACAUCAACUGCUCAACCGACGACUUCAAAACAACCAACUACGCAACCAAAAACGACACCAGGUCCAACACACCCUACAAGUACAUUGUCACCCGAACAAGAAUGUCAUGCCAGCAACAGUUCCUGUGAUGAAUGUAUAAAGGCUGCUAAGAGUAGGUGUUUCUACUGCUAUGCCGACCACAGCUGCCAGUUGUAUCCUUUGGGUGAUAUCGUCCCACAACACUGUGACCUGUCCAAGGCCAGAUGGGGAGUCUGCUGGGUGAACUUUGAGGCGCUGAUCAUCGCAAUGUCCGUCAUCGGAGGACUCAUCAUCCUCACCAUCACUUGUUGCUGUAUCAGAUGUUGCUGCUGCAAAGGUGGAAACAAGGGAAAGUACAUGAAAGAAGAAGCCAAAUGGGAUCGACAGAAGACGGAGCGUAAGCAGAGAGGUGAAGAGAGGAAGGCAGACAGGAAGGAACGGAUGGACGAAAUCAGAAGGAAAUAUGGAAUUGGCUUCCAAGGCCUGGUGAAAGACGAUACCCCGUAUCAGCGUUUCGAUGCUUAAGACUUUGUAACUAUGGCAACAGUCAUCAAGUAACCAUGGAAACUGGUCUCCAAGAGUCAAUUCACCAAAGGGAUUUUUCAGCAUUCUACCGUGCUUACUUUGUGCUUCAUACAUUGUGAUAUUUUGAUAGCCAACCAAUCAGUUUUUGAAUUUUCUGAAAUAAGUUCCAGGGCUGGUGACAUUUUAGACGUCAUAAUAAUUUUCUCAGAGCUAUAUACCUGCUGAGAAUGUGUGAUUUUGAAGGAGACUUUCGCCAUCGCUUAGUUGUCUCAUAAUGUUUUAUUAAUACAUCUACGAGUAGAAAUGUUUUCCAUGAUUAUCAGUUCCAUGAUUGUUACCUCUCCUAUUUUGUUCUUUGAAAUUUGUUUAACUGUUUGAAGAUAAAUAGCUUAAACGGCUUGUGAAAAACAUAUAUUCUGACAAAUUUGAAAAACUGCUGUAGUAAAUAAGAACACUAUUUGGCUGUAAUUUAAUAUUGUUCAUUUACAUCUUGGAACUACAGCCUGUGCCAAAACAUUUUGAGUCUUCUUGCCCAAACUCGGCCGUCAGUAUAACAUAUUGUACAUUUUAGUGUUAUAAGCUGAGCUUACUAGACUUUCUAGAUUACUGAGGAUUUGGACUAGUGGUUAAAGUUGCAGACGGGGCUUAUCAAAUAUUAGUUUUUACUCACCAGUACUUAGUAUGUUGUGAAACAGUAUGGGGGUAUUUGUGAUAUAGGUGGUUAGGGAAUGAAACAUUUGUAGGAUUUUCUUAUUGACAACUUAUAGAACCUGUACAUAAUGUUCAUCAAACUCCAUUGUGCAUUAUACACCCGAUAACCGGUAAUAUAAGCACAUACACAACCAGUGCGUGAAACUAAACAGGCUAGUCAAGGAGUCCUUGUCUUUACUGUAAUGUUCAAAAUUGAAGUUUGCAGGGUAUCUAGAUUAAUAUUGAGAAUACUAUAUCAGAAAACACAAAAUACCCUGGAAACUAUUUAUUUAACACUGCUAAGUAUUCAAUAUAUUCAAGCAAUGGUUUUGUUGAAAAUUCUAUAAACUUACACUUAACAAAUUAAUGCCAAUUUUUUUUAAUGUUUUUCAAUCAGAGAAGUGCUGUAUUAUGUCAAGCUGAUAUCACAUCCUCUGUGCUUCCAAUAUUACAAGUGUAUUCUGUUUGAGAGUAUUUAGCGUCCAGGGGCUUGAUCACAAAGCAUUUGCAGUGUUACGACAGUUGUACGUCUACAUUAGACACUGCAAUCACUCUGUGGAUUGGGUCUUCAGUAUUAUUUGCGAACCUACAAAGAUUCCUGCCAUUCUGUGCCUAUCUUCAUGGACCCAGUGUAGACGACAGGCUCGAGUACAUGGGUCAGCAAUGUCCGCACAUCAUCUAGUUGCCAUGGUACUUGAAUUUCCUGACAAUCACAAUACAUUUCAGGAUAAUAUGAAAUUCUUACAGAUACGAUUCUUUCUAGUUUCUUGUAGCAUAUAUCUGUUUGUUGCCAUCCCUACUGUAUGUAGAUGGUAACGCAGGAAGUGACAGUUCUAAGUGUGGGUGGAGACGUGAAGUCAGACAUCAUUCUCUAAACCUAGGUAUUUGUGGCCAUGUGUACUUAGGUUUUCUUUGUCAGUUCGCUGUGUAUUUUCCGUUAGUUGUGCCUUCUUUCAUGAGUCGAGGGGAGGUGGGGUAGCCUAGUAGUUAAAGCGUUAGCUUGUCACGCCAAAGGCCGGGUUCAAUUCCCACAUGGGUACGUGUGAAGCCCAUUUCUGGUGCCCCCCACCAUAAUGUUGCUGGAAUAUUGCUAAAAGCGACGUAAAACAUCACUCACUUAUUCCUGAGCUCAAAUCCCAGACCCACCUUGAUUAACAUCCUGUGUUUAUCACACUGUGCCAUGGUAGUUCAUUUCACCAAAGUGAUAAACUCUUAGACUCCAUCAAUUUUGGCUUUCCUUCCAUGCUGUGAUAUAACUGAAAUUCUAUCUCGUUAAACCUAACUCACUCACACUAUGUCUCAGAACGCCCUUUCCACAAAGCAAUCUUAGCGUUGUUAAAGAUGAAAUCGUAAGUCCUAUACUUAAAGAACGCGUUGUGGAACGGUACUAAGUGUCCCCUUUCACAAAGCAAUCAUAGCGCUACGAUUGUUGUAACGCUCAUAGUUUAAAAAAGACUUACGACAGUCAUAGCACUAAGAUUGUUACAUAAAGCGGGCCCCAGACCCUGAACCGUUACUUCCUGUUAUGCGUGUGACAGGAUGUGCAGACAAGAUGUGCAGGGGACAUCCUCUCGUCUCAUUGUUUACUGGUCCCGCAGGAGCUAAAUCUGUCCAACAAUUUCAUGCUUGUGAUUUAUGCCAAAAAUAUUUUUCUACAAAUUGACCAUUUAUAUGUAAUUAUUUUCCUUUUCUAUGACAUUAUGUGUGCUUUUUGUGCUUGUAUGUGCAAAUAUAUCAUGCUAUAUCUUCACUGCAGUUUUUUUUAAUAUUGUUAUUGAUGAUCCAAACUGGUUUGUAACAUGGUGAACUUUGGAAUUGUGAAUGAACCUGUUAGAGGCCAUUUUAGUUGUUGGUACUUUUUUUGGUUUAAUUUCAUGUUAAAAAUAUAAUAGAUGCUUCAAUAUUACUGCUUGCUCAACUCAUUCUCUUCACAUGGUGUUGGAAUUUGUCAAAAUAAUUUACAUUCCUCUCAGUGAAAUGUUUAUUAGAUUGUAUUGUGAUAAGAUAAUGAAGGAUAUCCUACAUGUAUAUCCCCUUCUUUUUCAGUUCACUUGAAAGAUUAUUUGUAUGAUACAUAUGAAAAGAAGCAACACUCACUCUUCAUUAGGUGGAAUAGCCUAUUGGUUAAAGCAUUCGCUCGUCAAGCUGAAGACCCUGAUUACAUUCCCCACAUGGGCACAAUGUGUGAAGGUUGUGUCUGGUGUCCCCACCGUAAUAUUGCUGAAAUAUUGCUGAAAGUGGCUUAAAACCAUUCUCACUCACUCACUAUUCAUUGCACAUUUGAAGCCAUCUGACUGAAUACUUUGGUCCCAGAGGAUCUUUAUAAAGACAUUGAUUUUGUUUCUUUACAUUGUCAAAAGGUGACAGGUAGUAUGGUCAAGACCCUACUAGUCAAAUUUACCGGGAGACACCGAUGUGGCUUACUUUCAGGUGUAUAAUGGAAUCCAUGUUAAAUCUUCAGUGCUGAUGAUAUUGCUGAAAAGAACAUGAACGUGAAAUUACAAUCUAGAAACCUUGCUAUGGAAAUUGACAAAAAAACAGAAAAUAAAUUCACCUGUGUAUUUGAUAAUUUUGCUGAUAGAUUUUUGUUUACAUUCAAGUUUUAUUGUUGUUGUUUUUUCUUCACUAUUAUAACUUUAUGCCCAAUUCUUAUUGCUCACCACAAAGUGGUAAACGUCUAAGGCCUGCAUCACUUCGGGCUUUCUCCCCACAUCAAGCUGACAGGCCGUGGUAUAACUGACAUACUGUCCAUUAGGGCAUAAAAACCAACUCACUCACUCACUUUUAUUGCUCACUUCUUUCAUUUGCUAAAGACUCUUGAAAAAUAUAUGUCAUGCUUGAUUUUUGAUGCAAUGGUGUGUUUAUUUUCCAAUUCUGAUAGACGAUAUUCUUUUACAAAAGGAAGGACCUUGGGGUGAAGGGAUGAUUCUUUUAUCAAACAUGUUGUAUAUAUAUAUGUAUAUGUAUACGUCACGCUCAGAGUCACAGUAUUUGUGGAAACCUAUUCAGUAUGAACAGUGCCUUCAGUGGAAACCUUACUAUACAGUGUAACUUUAUAUCCAUGUCUGACAAGACUGUAUUUCAUUUAAUAUUUCACUAAAUACAAAUGUUUCUGAUUAUAUAUACAUCUAUAUAUGUACCCUUCCUUUGGAACUAACAUUUGAACACCAGUACCAAAAAUACCCUUAAAUGCCUUCUUAUUUAGUAGCGUGUCGGUUUAAUCAAUUCUGAAGUUCCUCUGGGUGGAGAAGGUACUGCAGCUCACACGCAGCUAACAUGGAGGCCGGGAUAGGCUGGUCCCACAUUCAGUCGUAUUAGGGACCGACCGUUUGAUAUUCUGGUUGGGGCCUGGGAGUUUGUAUGGAGAUUAAAUAUAAUUUCAGCUACAGCUACAGAACCAGAUAUUUUUUAUAUUCAAAAUUAUGAGCAUGAAAUUCUUUUAAAGAAAAACACUUUGCAACAAUGUAAUUUUUGCUGCUAAUUUUUCUCUCUUUUUUAACAGAUUGAAGCAUGAUUAUAUUUUUUCAAGAAUUUCCCCGGGACAAUUUAUUUACCCCCCAACUUCCAAUUCAAAUGGUCGGUCUCUUAUUACCCUUGGUUGGUCAGUACACAUUAAACAUGAGCCACCUUAUUAACCAACAGUGCUAAAAGUGACUUAUAACCUUACUCACUCAGCUUUUCUUCUGUAUCUGUACAGUAUCUUGACCACAUGGGUAAUUUUUGGGAUAAAUACAGUACAAUAUCCACAGUUCCAUAGGUUGUAAAGGCCUUCAUCCUUCUUUUUUGUCAGAUGAUUAAUGUGAUGUCUUACUGAACAUUUUAUGUAUGCAUUGUUACAUAUAUAACCGGAUUGUUUCUAGAUGUUUCAAGAAUCUGAUUGAAACAAUUGUUUAAUUUUGAAACAUGUUGACAAGCGCCCGAGUUGUAUAUGCUGUAAACAUUCAUGCAAAUAUUACCAAAUGCAAACUCAACACAAAUUAAUUGUUGUAAAUUUUGAUGUAUUUUUAAUCCCUUAUUAUGUUUCUUGGUUUGUCAGCACUAUGCACACACUCCUUCGUUUCAUCAGAGUGCGGGGCGGCCGGGUAGCCUAGUGGUUAAAGCGUUCGCUCGUCACGCCGAAGACCCGGGUUCGAUUCCCGACAUGGGUACAAUGUGUGAAGCCCUUUUCUGGUGUCCCCCGCCGUGAUAUUGCUGGAAUAUUGCUAAAAGCAGCGUAAAACCAUACUCACUCACUCACUCAUCAGAGUGGUCUGAGACCUGUAUCGCUUCGGUCUUUCCCACAUCAAGUUGACAUGUGAUGAUAUAACUGAAAUACUGUUCAAAGCGAUUUGACCCAACUCACUCACUCUCAAUUGAUGUAGACCAUUUGGGCUUGUGGUUGAUUUGUAAUAUAUAUGAUAUGGGUAUGGUGUGUAUCCACUCUGUUUCUUAAUACUGGAUCAACCUAUGCAUAAUGUCACACACAAAGAACUAUGAGUAAAACAACCUACCUUAAUUUAUGAUAUUAUUAUUAUAUCUCACACCUUGUAAAUUAAUUAGGGGCGGUCGGGUAGCCUAGUGGUUAAAGCGUUCGCUUGUCAUGCCGAAGACCCGGGUUCGAUUCCCGACAUGGGUACAAUGUGUGAAGCCCAUUUCUGGUGUCCCCCACCGUGAUAUUGCUGGAAUAUUGCUAAAAGCGGCCUAAAACCAAACUCACUCACUCACUCACUGUAAAAUAAUUACUUCAGUCAAAUUUAAGUAAUUGCGGCAAUCCAUGAACUAUUGCUAAGAACUAGUCUCAGUAUUCAGGUCAUGACCAUCCUCUCAAAAUUUCAGUAUUCAAGAGGAGACAACUCUCACUGGCUUUGCACAAGUUCUGCUUGGUUUCUGAAAGUGGGUGUUUAGAUGCUUUAUUUAUUACAAAUUAAUGAGAUGUUUGUCGACAGACUAUUGUUAUAUUGUAAACAGUAUUUAUCUGAAACCAGUAAUCGCUAAUCAGAUUCUAUUUUUGAGGGAAAGUAUCCUUACUCAAAUGUCCCUUGAUGUAUGUAGAAUAUAUCAGUAUUUUCAUACGAGACAGUGCCUUGCUUUAUGGAAAUAGCCGGUGGUGAUCAAUAUUUUCUGAAUUUAACUUACUGUAUAGUAAAUACCUGCCAAAAAGAGGAAAUGACUACCCAACUGUUGAGAUCAAACUUUGAAAUCUGUCGUAUUAUAGUUUUGAUUGACAAGAAAUAUUCAUUUAUGUGAAUAAAGAUUUUUGAUUAUUUAAAA